CUUAAUGGAAGAAAUGAACAAGGAAGAAAGAAAUAUGGAAUUAGUUUUUAAGAAUUUGCUUAAUAUUCAUAAACUUAAAAUCUUCAUUAUUUAAACAAGAAUAGACAUUUGUGACCUUGAUUUGACUGUUUGGCAAUUCUUUCGUAUAAUUUAGUAUAAAAUUCACUUUUAACAAAUUGGGAUAUAAGCAAAAUCAUAGCUAGUUUUGGUUACCAUUUUGAAAUCCGUUAUUCAGCAAUAUAAAAAUGCACACAUUCACAUUUUUUCUUCCACAUUUUUUUUCAACAAAAUAUACCAUUAAUAAUAUAAAUUAUGAUGUUUAACACAACUUUGCUGAUGUCAAGCGGACUAAUGGAAUUUAGUGACUGGAGCCACUCUUAACACAUAGUGUCACUGAAAACAUAUGUGAAAUGUAGAAGUUUAAACCAGAAGUUUAAGUUUUUAAAAUUAUGUAGAUUAUUGCAAUUCUUUUUCUUUAAUAGUUAAUUUUUUAUAAGCCUUCUUUCUUCAUAGGAAACUACAAAUAUAAAAAUUGAAUAUGUAUGUAAAAAAUCUAGAAGUUAUUCAAAACAUUUGGUGGCAAUAAGCUUUUUUAUGAAAAGGAUACGUGAACCACCGCCUCUACCACCAUUAGAGAUAGAAUAAGUUUUUUUCAGAUUGAGAGAUGUAUUUCAACCUGCUUGGACAUGUUGUUAAACAGAGAUACAGCACAUCAUUUUUAUAUAGAACUGCUAAUCAAAGAGGAUUUACCACGACUAUUCGUCUAAAAUCAAAUGUUUCAAAUGAAAACUCAGCUUCCUUACUAUAUUGGCUGCAAAGGCUAAAAGGAAUGGCAAACCCUACACAGAUAGCGAUAAUUUCUAAACCUACUCAAGUCUGGAAACUUAAAUAUGCGGGAUUAUUCGUGUUAUUUCCUAUAUCAAGGAAUUUACUUUUUAAAACUGCAAGCUGCGAGAGAAUAAAGUUGUCACACAAAAAUAGAAUAUCUUCCGUGCAAAAGCACAUACUAAGGAAAAAAGAAGCCACCUUUAGUUGGACUUUGUUUUGGGAAUUUGUUAAACCUGACAUCAUACUGUUCAUUUUCGCAACAGUUGCAGCGUUCGGUGUAGCUAUAGUUAAUAUUAAACUUCCGUUAUUGCUGGGUGAACUUGUUAAUUCCAUAUCUGUGCUGAUUCGUGAUGCUCAAAGAGAUGCAGACGUGUUCAGUACACUUUACAAUCCGUGUAAAAAACUAGUUUGGAAUUAUAUAUUGCAGUCGUUAUUAACUGUUGCAUAUAUCACAGCGUUGUCGUCAUUCGGUGAACGGUUAGCCACAAGAAUGAGAAUCAAACUAUUUAAGUCGCUUAUGGAGCAAGAUACAGCUUUCUUUGAUGUUCAUAAGACUGGCGAAAUAAUUAAUCGAUUGACAAGUGAUAUUCAAGAUUUUAAAAGCUCCUUCAAGCAAGUUAUAUCUCAAGGCUUACGCAGUGUUACGCAAAUCAUCGGCUGUGGUGUGACGUUAUAUACCCUGUCUCCAAAACUGACAUUUUUAAUGGGCUUAGUUCUUCCUGGAGUGAUUCUAAUUGGGACUGGUCUUGGUUCCUUUUUGCGGCACAUCUCACACAAAGCUCAGGAGCAAGUAUCGUUAGCAAUGGCCGUAGCUGACGAGGCUAUAGGCAAUAUUAGAACUGUACGAGCAUUUGCGAUGGAAUCAAAAGAAGUAGGAUGGUAUUCCGAUGAAGUAAAGAAAUCGCAGUUUCUAAAUGAACUGCUUGGAGCAGGCAUAGGAUCAUUCCAAGGACUCGCCAACUUUGCUGUCAAUGGAAUUGUACUUGUUGUUUUAUACACUGGCGCUGCCUUGAUGAGUAAUCAGGAACUACGACCUGGUGAUAUGAUGAGCUAUCUUGUAGCGACACAAACUGUACAAAAGUCUCUUGGGACAAUAUCUGUGCUGUUUGGUCAAAUAGUGCGUGGAAUGAGUGCUGGAGCGAGAGUAUUCGAAUACAUGGAACUUAAACCAACUAUGCCAUUAAGCGGUGGCAAAAAAAUUGCUGAAAUCAAAGGAGAUAUCAGUUUACAGAAUGUCAAGUUUUCGUAUCCAUCUCGUCCUGAUCAAAUUGUCUUAGAUAAUUUUAGUCUGAAUAUUGGUGCUGGGAAAAUGAUAGCACUGUGUGGUGCGAGUGGAUCUGGCAAGUCCACUAUUGCGGCGUUAAUUGAGCGAUUUUAUGAUGUGGAUAGCGGUAAUAUUACAGUAGAUGGUGUUCAAAUAAAAGACCUUGAUCCAUCGUGGUUGAGAGGAACUUUAAUUGGCUACAUUAAUCAGGAACCUACACUGUUUGCUGCCACUGUUAUGGAGAAUAUAAGAUAUGGUUCCACUGAUGCAACUGAUCAACAGGUUUACGAAGCAGCGAAACAGGCUAACGCAGGCAGAUUUAUUAGACAAUUUCCACAAGGUUACGAUACCGUGAUAGGUGAACGUGGCGCCACCGUUUCUGGAGGACAAAAGCAAAGAAUCGCCAUUGCUAGAGCACUGCUGAAAAAUCCGAAGAUAUUAAUCCUAGACGAAGCUACUAGUGCUCUUGAUGCAGAAUCUGAACGAAUUGUGCAAGAAGCACUUGACAAGCUCAUCGUUGGUCGUACGGUGAUUGUAAUUGCCCAUCGAUUAAGCACCAUACAAAAUGCUGAUUUAAUUGCCACUAUGUCGCAUGGAAGAAUUCAAGAGAUUGGCACGCAUCAACAACUUCUCGCGAAGAAUGGUUUAUAUGCUGAAUUGAUACGCCGACAAACAUCUGAUCUAUAGUAUAUUUAUUGUUAAACAAGGAUAUUAGUAAAACUUCUGCCUUCUCUGGAUUAAUACUUCUUUAUAUUAAUAAUAUCAGUGGUAAAUUUUUUUAGCACAGUAAGUUCCGUCAAAUUUUCAAAAUUGUGAGUCGUACGAGAUUGAGAUGGUAGUGCAGGUGAACCUUGCAUAUAACGUGUGGAGUUUCAAUAAAAACACAGCCUACGGGUUAAUCGAGACAUUUGUGAAUUGUAUACAGAAUAUCUUUGAAUCAAUAUUUAUUAGACCUGAUAAUCAGGAAAACAUGUAGGUACAUCACCGACUGCGUUUAUCGAAAAAUAGUAAACAAUAUUUUAUUAUCGCUUAGCGGAAAGCACAAUGGUGCUACAGAUACUCUGCUACCAUUUUGACGCACAGCACAGACGUGUUUAAACAAAAGCCUCAAUGUCGUUAUAACAAGCUAAAAAUCGGAUUUUGAGGGAGCGUUUUGUCCAAUAUAAUUGAACCAAAAAAUCCAUCAUUGUUAUACACCUUUUAAAAACUGUCGUUGGGCCUAAUAAAACCCCGUUUCCAGGGAACUCUGCCUUUAGUAUACGGCGCAAGAAGGAUCAAGAUACCCUGGGGAAUAAAAUAGCUUUGUUAUUACUUCUUUCUAAAUCACUAAAAUUUAAAUAGUCUAUUUUUUAAUUUGUAUAUCGUUGAUGAUUAUGCUACAUAAUAAUACUGGA